UAGAUGUCGCAACUACCGCGCGCCGCAGCUGUGCGCAUCAACUUCGGACCGUUUCGAACACGGUCAGCAGCGCUGUAUAAUGAUUUUGUUAGAUUAGACGCUAAAAUGAUGAUUAUUUAGGUUAGAUUGCACAAUAAAUCGUCUAGUUCGUAUGUAAUAAUUGACUGAGAUAUUGUUAUGGCUUCCUUGGUCGCGGAUUACGGCACUUCCGGCUCGGAUAGCGAGACGAACGACGACAACGUUUCGGACAAUAUCAAUGAUGACUUCUUUAAGGAGGACGAGAAGGAAAUAGAACAGAUAAAAGAAAAUGAAGAAAAGGAAGAAGCAGAAGAAUCGAAGGGAAACAAUAGUGAGGACAAGGAGGAUGACAAUAGCUACUUAGUAAGAACAACCGAACCAGCUUCCAGCGAAAAACUUCCAUUGCCAACACCAGAUUUCGACAGUGCAACUACGUUGCUGCGCACAUCAGUGUUUUCGAAUCCAUUUGUGGAAGCGGAACGAGCAAAGAGCGCGAUAUUGGAGAAACAUGUUAAGAUGACACCUACAUUGGAUGACACUAAGACUAUCAAUGGCCGCAAGAUCUGCUGGAAUUACCGGAAAGGCCGUUGCCGUUUCGGCCACAAUUGCGCUUUCGCUCACGACUCAGAUUUGCAUCGUAGCGCAGCUGAGUUAGAAGUGUUGCGUGCACCCCAAGAGACACUCGUCUGCCAAACGCGAUAUAAUGGUCAGCAACAAUGGCAGCAGCAGCAACAGCAGCAGCAAUCGCCAAACGACGCUGGUGACGAUGAAAACGAUGAAGUAGAUCAGGAGAAUAAUCAAACAGGCAACAACAGAAAACGUAAGAAGAGGCCUGGUCUCAGUCAAUGGUUGCUUCCCAGCAAAAGGGUCUUCAAACUGUACAAAGCACAACAAACCAAAACUGUAGAUGAAUACUGUUAGUAAUCUGAUGAGAAGGGAAAUAGAAAGGCAAAUAGAAGGAAAAUUCAGAUGGUUAACAUCAAGAAACGUAUAAAAAUAUUCAGUCACAUUGAAUUAUUGCUUCCCAAUAAGAGGGUCUUCAAGCUGUACAAAGCGCAACAAACCAAAAGUGUCGCUAGAUAGGUAGCAUUAAGUAGUCUCGACACGCGAGAAAGAGGAGAGUGCAGGAAGAAUGGUUUAAGAAGGUUAAAUGGAGGAAAAGGCGAAUAUAAGUAUUAUUUGUUUAACAUAGCAACGAAAAAGCAUUAAGCGGAGCUCGUAAAAGCUUUUAAUGCGGGCUUUAAAACUCCAAAAAAUAAGUAUAACAAUUUGAAGAUUGUAAAGAAGAAAAAUAACUCCGAUUUAUGCUUCCAUUGCGAACGAACUUGCGAUGUAUAGAAUAGAGAGACACACAGGGACUUCUAUAAAUUAGGUCACUAACAGAGAUGUCCAAGGGUGAAGAAGUCCGGGCGAGUUUUAUGAUCAUCACGGUACCACAAGUUAUGUAAAAUAUUCUGUAAAAGUAAAUAGGAAUUAUUUUCGAGAAGUUGGUCUCGAAGACAUUUAAACGAGAAAUGUUAUUUGAUGUACAAAGCGUUGGAAUUUUCGCUUUUGCAAUGCAAGAGCGGACAUGGUGUCUUCUCGUUAUUACACGUUUUCCCAAUAAUUAAUUCUCCGUUAAUAUAAAAAUGUCAGAAAAUUUGAUUAUAUUGACAGAGAAUAUCGCGGCAAGACUAAUGACCGUAAUUAUGUAAUUUAUAGUCUUUUAUGAUUAUAUUUUCAUUGGUUGUAUAUAUUGAUAUAUAUUAAUUAUAUAUCAUAUUUAUAUCAUCGACUGUAUACCUAGUAACACACGGCACUUCCAUGCGUCCCCGCAAAACUUAGAAUUAAGCCAAACGUGAUUAUAUUUCUCUGUUUUCAUGAGAUAGAUUUUUAUUUUACCUUUUCAUAUGUUGCGGUCGACGCAAAUCCGAUAUUCUGUUAGAUUUAAUUAGACAAAAUAAUUUGUAAAUGAAACUAUUAAUAAUUUAAAAUCGAUAAUUCACUAAUAAAGAAAAUGUUACAUUUUCUUUAUUUUCGUAAUAGAGGUGAAAAUAAGAGAGGAUCAUUGAUAAAUUGUAAACUUAGUCAAGUGGCUAGUUUUCGAAGAAUCACCUAUCGAUACGUUAGUUGAUCUAUUAACGGAGAAAACAGCAAAUGAUUAUACUAACAAGUUGAAAGAGUUACGAUUGUGUGAUAAAACAAAUUCGAUAUCUUAUAAAGAUCCAAUUGCAAUAAUCUGUAAAUACUGUCGAAGGUGCCGAAGAGCCAUUUCUAUUAACACACUAAUCUAUUACUAUAAUUACUUAUUCGUAAAUAAGUAAUUAAAGAAAUAUGUUAAUAAAUUUAGAAUGUUCAUUGAUAGAUCGAAAGUUUACGCAACUCCAUCUAGUAGUUGAAAAAUAUUUCACUGAUGAGCCGAUCGUCUGUUGAUGAAAGAAAUGAUGAUUAAUUACAGUAACCGGUCGAAAUAGAAAAGUUAUUAUUAAAAGUUUAUCGAAAUGUCGCGAUUCUAGAAAAAAAUUUCUCGGGCUUCCGAGGAUAUCAAAAAGGUUGCCAAUAAACGAUUUAACAAUACUGUAA